AUGCCCCAGACAAAGAUCCUAGUCCUCGGCGCCACGGGCUACAUUGGUGGCAGCGUCCUCACCGAGAUGCAAAAAUCCAAAAAUGCCUCCGAUUACUCCAUCUCGGCGCUUGUCAGGAAAGCCGAGCAGGCCGCUGGGCUCAGGAACCUUGCCGUUAGCCCCAUUGUCUUCGAGGGCCUUGACGACUUGCUUCUUGUCAAACAGGCAGCAAGCCAAAACGACAUUGUCAUCAAUGCAGCCUCGGCCAGCCACGACAAGGCCGCCGUGGCCAUCAUCCAGGGGCUGGCCGAGAGGAAACGAGCCACGGGGCAGGCAGUCAGCUACAUCCAUACCUCGGGGACUUCCAUCCUCUCCGAUCGUCCAGUCUCCGGAAAGGAAGUCGAUCUCUCUGUCUACUCAGAUAAAGAUACCGAUAUAUACAAGUACGAGACGGCGCGCGUUCAUUACAGCCAACGUGCCACGGACAUAGCCGUGGUUGAAGCCGGAGAGCAGCUCGGCGUCCCAACUUAUAUCGUCGUUCCGCCAACCAUCUACGGUGAAGGAAGCGGCCCCUUCUCCACCAUAUCCCAGCAGGUUCCGAAUCUCGUGCGAGAGGCCAUGAGGCGGAAGCAGGCCGUUGUCAUCGGAGCCGGGAGCGGCAUCUGGAACCACGUCCACAUCCUCGACCUUGCCCCCCUGUACACGCUUAUUCUCCAAGGAAUCCUGUCGAAUGAGCAGGAGAUCCCCCACGGCAGAAAGGGCUUCUUCUUUGCGGAAACUGGCGAGCAUACCUGGUUGGAAGUCUCUCAGGGCAUUGCAAACGCUUGCUUUGCCCGGGAUCUGUGCAGCACGACCGAGGUCAAGUCGAUUGGGCUUGCGGAGGCGGCUUCCAUUAUCGGCGGCAGUGAGGAGCUUGUUGAGAUUGUACUGGCCAGCAACUCCAGGUCUCGUGCUGAUUUGGGUAGGGAGCUCGGAUGGAAACCUGCCAGGGACAAUGCAGACUUCCGCGAGCAUUUUGACCAAGUAGUGGAAGCCGUGGCUGCCCAGGGGCCUCUUGUUACGCUCGCUGCCUUGGUUGGCAUCUAG